AUGAGGGACCCAACCGCAGAUAUGGAAGAGAUCUCCCAGCAUCCGGCGACCAACGGGGCAACCGAACCCCGCCGCCCAACCAAGUCAGUUCGAGUCGCCUUUGGACCCGAGCUAGAAACAACUAUCCCCGCACGGGAACGCUCGCCUGCUCCAUUGAGCAGUCACCAUCGUUCGUUUACUACGGUAGAGCAGAUGUCCUCCUCGUUGGCUCCACUCGCUCGCCCUACGAGCUCUGGGGGAGAGAAUGCGGUGGUUUCACUAGACGAACCACAUCGGCGCCCCUCUCCUCGCAGGUCAGAGAGCAGCCGACCGGCCAUGCUGAAACGAGCACGAAGUGAUUAUGGACCUAGUCGUGUCACGUUCGACAAAUCGCCGGGAGAAGACGAGGAGGACUUUGCCAUGCGCCAUGGAUGGCAGGAGGAAUACACAUCCAGUGAAUAUCUCAAGAUUUUGCACUCGAACUUCUACAUGUACUUCACCGAGAAACGUCACGAGACCAACGGUAUUCCACGCGACCCAGACGGAAGCUGGCCAACUCAGGAAUGGCGCAUGAAAGAUAGACUCAAGACCGUCUCCGCUGCCCUUGCGAUUUGUCUGAACAUCGGCGUCGAUCCUCCAGAUGUGGUCAAGACGAAUCCGACCUCGAAACUCGAGUGUUGGGUCGACCCUACCUCGACUACUGGUGGUGGUCAGAAUAAGAUCAUGGAACAGAUCGGCAAGAAGCUGCAGGAACAAUACGAGACACUGAGUCUGCGCACCAGAUACAAGCAAUACCUGGAUCCAUCGGUGGACGAGACCAAGAAGUUCUGUAUGUCUUUGCGCAGGAACGCCAAGGACGAGCGAGUACUGCUCCAUUACAAUGGCCACGGCGUGCCAUUGCCCACUCAAUCCGGUGAAAUCUGGGUGUUCAACAAGAACUACACCCAGUACAUCCCCGUGCCACUUUACGACCUGCAAUCGUGGCUAGCUGGCCCCAGUCUCUUCGUUUUCGACGUAUCACAUGCGGGGAACAUUGUUCAGAACUUCCAUACGUUUGUGGAAAAGCACGAGAAAGAGAAUGCGGAGGCAAAGAAACGUGACCCCAAUGCCACUGUGCAAAACUAUGGCGAUUGCAUUCUUCUCGCAGCCUGCCAAAAGAACGAGUCUCUCCCAACGAACCCAGACCUGCCUGCUGAUCUCUUCACGUGUUGUCUCACCACCCCCAUUGAGAUCGCUCUGCGUUUCUUCGUUUUGCAGAAUCCGCUGCGAACAGAUCUCUCUAUCGACGAUUUCCGAGUCCCGGGUCGCCUCCAGGAUCGCCGCAGUCCGCUUGGAGAGCUCAACUGGAUUUUCACUGCGAUCACCGACACAAUUGCUUGGAAUACCUUGCCGCGCGCUCUUUUCAAGAAGCUCUUCCGACAGGACUUGAUGGUUGCUGCACUCUUCCGCAACUUCCUACUUAGUGAGCGUAUCAUGCGCACCUACAAAUGUCAUCCCAUUUCCUCGCCAGAGCUCCCUGGGACCCACCAGCACGCGCUCUGGAAGAGCUGGGAUCUUGCCGUGGAGAUGGUGCUCUCGCAGUUGCCUGCUCUAAUCGAUCACGAGGAGGGCCGCCGACAGUAUGAGUACCAGCAUUCUACGUUCUUCGCCGAGCAACUCACCGCGUUUGAGGUGUAUUUAUCGUCCGGUCCAACGGAGAAGAACCCCCCGGAUCAAUUGCCUAUCGUCUUGCAGGUCCUUCUGAGUCAAGCUCACCGACUGCGUGCAUUGAUUUUGCUAAGCAAGUUCCUGGAUCUGGGCCCAUGGGCUGUCCACCUGGCUCUUAGCAUUGGUAUCUUCCCCUACGUCGUGAAGCUGUUGCAGUCAGCUGCUCAAGAAUUGAAACCCGUCAUGGUUUUCAUUUGGGCUCGCAUCAUGGCCGUGGACAAUGGGGUUCAGGUUGAUCUGCUGAAGGACAACGGUAUUCACUACUUCAUCUCGAUUCUCAACCCAUCAUCUCCUAUCCCCGUUGGAAAUGCCAGCGAGCACCGCGCCAUGUGUGCCUUUAUUGUCUCCAUCUUUUGCAAGAACUAUCCCCAAGGCCAGAACGUGUGUCUUUCUGGUGAUCUGUUCGACUCAUGCUUAAGACAUCUUGGCGACGUUGAGAAUCCCCUACUUCGUCAGUGGUCAUGCCUCUGUCUUAGUAUGCUAUGGUGUGACUUCCCAGAAGCAAAGUGGAUGGGAAUUCGAUGUGCAGCUCCUACACGACUUUGCGAAUUGAACUUCGACCCAGUACCGGAAGUUCGUGCUGCUAUGCUCCAUGCGGUUACAACAUUCCUCGGCAUCCCCGAUCUGACCGACCAAGUGGCCCAGAUCGAGGAGUCAUUGGCUUUGUCGGUCCUGCCCAUGUCGGCCGACGGCAGCGUGCUUGUUCGAAAGGAACUUGCCGUCUUCUUCUCGACAUUUGUCAAACGCCACCAGAAUAAGUUUGUGGUUGCUGCGUAUGAGGAGCUGCAGGAUGAGAAACAAGCCCUGAUGCAUCGUUUACAGAGUGAAAACUCACACACCAGCCGCAUCGAGGGCCAGAACGGUGAAAUUAUUACCGAGCCCAAGCAAACUCAAUUGGCUCGGAACACAACGUUCGGAACAAUUUGGAAACAAGUUCUUAUCCUUUCCGUUGACCCACAUCCUGAUAUUGCCCAGGAUGCUGGUAUCAUCGUUGACUACAUUCACCUCGCGCUUUUGGAGUCACCCAUGUCGGCUCUUGCUGACAAAAUUAGAAUCGAGAUACUGGAUCUUACAAGCCGCAUGUCACAACGGUAUCAGGUACAGGAUCGAUCGGAGACGAAGAAAUCAGCACCGCCCUCAACACCCCCAUCAUCAACGACAGCGCCCUCCAAACAAGAAGGCUAUCUUUCAUUAGGCUUCAGGCGCACCGCUAGUGUUGCCGCUUCUUUAAAGAAUCUUGCCUUUGGCGGCGCAAUGACCGAUUCCUCCGAAAACUCAGCCCCUCCCUCGCCCACCUCUAAGAGCCGGAUGCCUAUGACACCCCGUGGUCGUGCUCCCCCAGAAUGGACCCGUCCUCCUGAAGUCAAUGACCAUGUCGCUCCAGCAACCGCUUAUCAUCAAGCUCCUACUCCUACAUCUCGAGGCUUUGAACCUAGGAAUCCAGAAGUUGCACCCGUUAUCCCGCUACAUAGCCAUUUCCUAGCCUGGUCCACAGAGGUAAUCCCACUUUUUACUUACACAUCCCUCACCUAUGACGAGGCCCUGGAGAUUUACGAUGAUCCCAUACUUACGCUCGAAAAGUACUUCCGCGAGCCCCAGAUGAAACCUAAUGAACCCGACGAACCCGGCAGUUCCGAUUACAACGAGCGACUUUGGCGACGCGGCCGCAACGAGAAGAUUAUCUCAGAGACACAGCCCCUAAAGGGUAAGGCUGGCACAAGCCGGUGGGAUAGUUCAAUCACCCUUCUCUCGAACAGCAGCCAGCCGUUGAAGAUGUGCUUCCACCAAUUCGAAGAUCAUCUUGCGGUUGCUGAUGACCGGGAUACCAUUGCGAUCUGGGAUUGGCAAAACCACAAGCGACUCAACCAGUUCUCUAAUGGAAACCCCGUGGGAUCGAAGAUCAACGAAGUUCGCUACAUCAAUGAGGAUGACCAAGCUCUUCUCUUGACUGGGUCCUCUGAUGGUGUGCUCAAACUGUUCCGCCAUUAUGAGUCGGCGAAGAACAUUGAGGUCGUCACGGCGUUCCGAGCUUUGCCUGAUUUGAUUCCAAGCAAUCGUAAUGCGGGUCUUGUGCUUGACUGGCAACAGGGACAAGGAAAAGCUCUGGUUGCAGGAGAUGUCAAGGUGAUUCGAGUUUGGAACGCAGCUACCGAAGUGUGCACUAAUGACAUCCCCGCACGUUCCGGCUCCUGCAUCACAUCCUUGACAUCUGACCAGGUCGCUGGCAACAUUUUCGUCGCGGGUUUCGGUGAUGGCGCCGUCCGUGUUUUCGACCAGCGUCUCAAGCCAACCACAUCCAUGGUAAAGGUCUGGCGUGAGCACAAGCAGUGGAUCACCAAUGUCCACAUGCAACGAGGUGGUUUGCGAGAGCUUAUCUCAGGCAGCCGCAAUGGCGAGAUUCGGCUCUGGGAUCUUCGCAUGAAUGGUGCCCUUUCGACCAUCUCUGCUACCAAGGACACUCUUCGCACCCUGAGUGUUCAUGAACACGCCCCGGUCUUCAGCAUGGGCACCAACCGCCACGAAGUCAAGACAUACAAUGUCGAUGGCACAUACCUCUCUACCUUUGAGCCGUACUCGAGCUUCCUUCACCAUAACCGCUCCUCCCCCAUCGCCGGCACGGCCUUCCACCCGCAUCGCACCAUGCUCGCAUGCGCGGCACUCAACGACCACCACAUCAACCUCGUGUCUUGCUAG